CACCGGCCAGAGCAGAUCCCAGACUUGCCGGGUCUGUAGAGGCACUGGUACAGAGAUGUUGAAAUUCAAGUAUGGAGCACGGAAUCCACUGGAUGCUGGUGCCAUGGAACCAAUUGCUAGCCGGGCCUCCCGGCUGAAUCUUUUCUUUCAGGGGAAACCACCCUUUAUGACUCAACAGCAGAUGUCUCUUCUUUCUCGAGAAGGGAUAUUAGAUGCCCUCUUUGUUCUCUUUGAAGAAUGCAGUCAGCCUGCUCUGAUGAAGAUUAAGCAUGUGAGCAACUUUGUCCGGAAGUAUUCUGACACCAUAGCUGAGUUACAGGAGCUCCAGCCUUCGGCAAAGGACUUUGAAAUCAGAAGUCUUGUAGGUUGUGGUCACUUUGCUGAGGUGCAGGUGGUAAGAGAGAAAGCAACUGGGGACAUCUAUGCCAUGAAAAUCAUGAAGAAGAAGGCCUUAUUGGCCCAGGAGCAGGUUUCAUUUUUUGAGGAAGAACGGAACAUAUUAUCACGAAGUACAAGUCCUUGGAUUCCCCAAUUACAAUAUGCCUUUCAGGACAAAAAUAACCUGUAUCUGGUCAUGGAAUAUCAGCCAGGAGGGGACUUGCUGUCAUUAUUGAACAGAUAUGAGGACCAAUUAGAUGAAAAUAUGAUUCAGUUUUACCUAGCUGAACUGAUUUUGGCUGUUCACAGUGUUCAUCAGAUGGGAUAUGUACAUCGAGACAUCAAACCGGAGAACAUUCUCAUUGACCGAACAGGGCACAUCAAGCUGGUGGAUUUUGGAUCAGCUUCUAAAACGAAUUCAAACAAGAUGGUAAAUGCCAAACUCCCCAUUGGGACCCCAGAUUACAUGGCUCCUGAAGUGUUAACCGUGAUGAAUGGGGACGGGAAGGGAACCUACAGCCUAGACUGUGACUGGUGGUCGGUGGGGGUGAUUGCCUAUGAGAUGAUUUAUGGGCGAUCCCCCUUCACGGAGGGAACUUCAGCCAGAACCUUCAAUAACAUCAUGAAUUUUCAAAGGUUUUUGAAAUUUCCAGGUGAUCCCAAAGUUAGCAGUGAAUUUCUUGAUCUGAUUCAAAGUUUGUUGUGUGGACAGAAAGAGAGACUGAAGUUUGAAGGUCUUUGCUGCCAUCCUUUCUUCUCCAAAAUUGACUGGAAUAACAUCCGUAAUUCGCCUCCCCCCUUCGUUCCCACCCUCAAGUCUGACGAUGACACCUCCAAUUUUGAUGAACCAGAGAAGAAUUCGUGGGUUUCGUCCUCUCCGUGCCAGCUGAGCCCCUCGGGUUUCUCAGGCGAAGAACUGCCGUUUGUGGGGUUUUCGUACAGCAAGGCACUGGGGAUUCUUGGUAGAUCUGAGUCUGUUGUGUCGGGUCUGGACUCCCCUGCUAAGACUAGCUCCAUGGAAAAGAAACUUCUCAUCAAAAGCAAAGAGCUACAAGACUCUCAGGACAAGUGUCACAAGAUGGAGCAGGAAAUGACCCGGUUACAUCGGAGAGUAUCAGAGGUGGAGGCUGUGCUUAGUCAGAAGGAGGUGGAGCUGAAGGCCUCUGAGACUCAGAGAUCUCUCCUGGAGCAGGACCUUGCUACCUACAUCACAGAAUGCAGUAGCUUAAAGCGAAGUUUGGAGCAAGCCCGGAUGGAGGUGUCCCAGGAGGAUGACAAAGCACUGCAGCUUCUCCAUGAUAUUAGAGAACAGAGCCGGAAGCUCCAAGAAAUCAAAGAGCAGGAGUACCAGGCUCAAGUGGAAGAAAUGAGGUUAAUGAUGAAUCAAUUGGAAGAGGACCUUGUCUCAGCCAGAAGACGGAGUGAUCUCUACGAAUCUGAGCUGAGAGAGUCUCGCCUGGCUGCGGAAGAAUUCAAGCGGAAAGCGACAGAAUGUCAGCAUAAGCUGUUAAAGUCAAAGGAUCAAGGAAAGCCUGAAGUAGGAGAAUAUGCCAAACUGGAGAAGAUCAAUGCUGAGCAGCAGCUCAAAAUUCAAGAGCUCCAAGAGAAGCUGGAAAAGGCCGUAAAAGCCAGCACAGAGGCUACCGAGCUGCUGCAGAACAUCCGCCAGGCAAAGGAGCGAGCUGAGAGGGAGCUGGAGAAGCUGCAGAAUCGUGAAGAUUCUUCUGAAGGCAUCAGAAAGAAGCUGGCAGAAGCUGAGGAACGUCGCCAUUCUCUGGAGAACAAGGUAAAGAGACUAGAGACCAUGGAGCGUAGAGAAAACAGACUGAAGGAUGACAUCCAGACAAAAUCCCAACAGAUCCAGCAGAUGGCUGAUAAAAUUCUGGAGCUGGAGGAGAAACACCGGGAGGCCCAAGUCUCAGCCCAGCACCUAGAGGUGCACCUGAAACAGAAAGAGCAACACUACGAGGAAAAAAUUAAAGUGUUGGACAAUCAGAUAAAGAAAGACCUGGCUGAUAAGGAGAAUCUUGAGAAUAUGAUGCAGAGACACGAGGAGGAGGCCCAUGAGAAAGGCAAAAUUCUCAGCGAGCAGAAGGCGAUGAUCAAUGCUAUGGAUUCCAAGAUCAGGUCCCUGGAACAGAGGAUUGUAGAACUGUCUGAAGCCAACAAACUUGCGGCAAACAGCAGUCUUUUUACCCAAAGGAACAUGAAGGCCCAAGAAGAGAUGAUUUCUGAACUCAGGCAACAGAAAUUUUACCUGGAGACACAGGCUGGGAAAUUGGAGGCCCAGAACCGAAAGCUGGAAGAGCAGCUGGAGAAAAUGAGCCACCAAGACCACAGUGACAAAAAUCGGCUGCUAGAAUUGGAGACAAGGUUGAGGGAGGUCAGUCUAGAGCAUGAGGAGCAGAAACUGGAGCUUAAGCGCCAGCUGACAGAGCUACAGCUGUCCCUGCAGGAGCGGGAGUCACAGCUGACAGCCCUGCAGGCUGCUCGGGCGGCCCUGGAGAGCCAGCUUCGCCAGGCAAAGACAGAGCUGGAGGAGACAACAGCAGAAGCUGAAGAGGAGAUCCAGGCACUCACGGCACAUAGAGAUGAAAUCCAGCGCAAAUUUGAUGCCCUUCGUAACAGCUGUACUGUAAUCACAGACCUGGAGGAGCAGCUAAACCAAUUGACUGAGGACAACGCUGAACUCAACAACCAAAACUUCUACCUGUCCAAACAACUUGAUGAAGCUUCUGGCGCCAACGAUGAGAUAGUACAGUUGCGGAGUGAAGUAGACCACCUUCGCCGUGAGAUAACAGAGAGGGAGAUGCAGCUCACCAGCCAGAAGCAAACCAUGGAGGCUCUGAAGACCACUUGCACAAUGCUGGAAGAACAGGUCAUGGACUUGGAGGCCCUGAAUGACGAGCUGCUGGAAAAAGAACGGCAGUGGGAAGCUUGGAGGAGCGUCCUCGGUGAUGAGAAGUCCCAGUUUGAGUGUCGGGUUCGAGAGUUACAGAGGAUGCUGGACACUGAGAAACAGAGCAGGGCAAGAGCUGAUCAGCGGAUCACCGAGUCUCGCCAGGUGGUGGAACUGGCAGUGAAGGAACACAAGGCUGAGAUUCUCGCCCUGCAACAGGCUCUAAAAGAACAGAAGCUGAAAGCUGAGAGCCUCUCUGAUAAGCUCAAUGACCUGGAGAAGAAGCAUGCGAUGCUUGAAAUGAAUGCCCGAAGCUUGCAGCAGAAACUGGAGACUGAACGAGAGCUCAAACAAAGGCUUCUGGAAGAGCAAGCCAAAUUACAGCAACAGAUGGACCUGCAGAAGAAUCACAUCUUCCGUCUGACACAAGGACUGCAAGAAGCUCUAGAUCGAGCUGAUCUGCUGAAGACAGAAAGAAGUGAUCUGGAGUAUCAGCUAGAAAACAUUCAGGUUCUCUAUUCUCAUGAAAAGGUGAAAAUGGAAGGCACCAUUUCUCAACAAACCAAACUCAUUGAUUUUCUGCAAGCCAAAAUGGACCAACCUGCUAAAAAGAAAAAGGUUCCUCUGCAGUACAAUGAGCUGAAGCUGGCCCUGGAGAAGGAGAAAGCUCGCUGUGCAGAGCUAGAGGAAGCCCUUCAGAAGACCCGCAUUGAGCUCCGAUCUGCCCGGGAGGAAGCUGCCCACCGAAAAGCCACAGACCACCCGCACCCGUCCACGCCAGCCACUGCGAGGCAGCAGAUUGCCAUGUCUGCCAUCGUGCGGUCACCUGAGCACCAGCCCAGCGCCAUGAGCCUGCUGGCCCCACCAUCCAGCCGCAGAAAGGAGUCUUCAACUCCAGAGGAAUUUAGUCGGCGUCUUAAGGAGCGCAUGCACCACAAUAUUCCUCACCGAUUUAACGUAGGACUGAACAUGCGAGCCACAAAGUGUGCUGUGUGUCUGGAUACUGUGCACUUCGGACGCCAGGCAUCCAAAUGUCUUGAAUGUCAGGUGAUGUGUCAUCCCAAGUGCUCCACAUGCUUGCCAGCCACCUGUGGCCUGCCUGCUGAAUAUGCCACACACUUCACUGAGGCCUUCUGCCGUGACAAAAUGAACUCCCCCAGUCUCCAGACCAAGGAGCCCAGCAGCAGCUUACAUCUGGAAGGGUGGAUGAAGGUGCCCAGGAAUAAUAAACGAGGACAGCAAGGGUGGGACAGGAAGUACAUUGUCCUGGAGGGAUCAAAAGUCCUCAUUUAUGAUAAUGAAGCCAGAGAAGCUGGACAGAGGCCGGUGGAAGAAUUUGAGCUGUGCCUUCCCGACGGGGAUGUAUCAAUUCACGGUGCUGUUGGUGCUUCCGAACUCGCAAAUACAGCCAAAGCAGAUGUUCCAUACAUACUGAAGAUGGAAUCUCACCCGCACACCACCUGCUGGCCUGGGAGAACCCUCUACUUGUUAGCUCCCAGCUUCCCUGAUAAACAGCGCUGGGUCACCGCCUUAGAAUCUGUUGUCGCAGGUGGGAGAGUUUCUAGGGAAAAAGCAGAAGCCGAUGCUGCCGGUGACUGUAUUUCCUACGAGGUUCUGUCUGCGUGGGUUCAGAAAUUACUUGGAAACUCCCUGCUGAAAUUGGAAGGUGAUGACCGUCUAGACAUGAACUGCACACUGCCCUUCAGUGACCAGGUGGUGUUGGUGGGCACUGAGGAAGGGCUCUAUGCACUGAAUGUCUUGAAGAACUCCCUUACCCAUGUCCCAGGAAUUGGAGCAGUCUUCCAAAUUUAUAUUAUCAAGGACCUGGAGAAGCUACUCAUGAUAGCAGGAGAAGAGCGUGCGCUGUGUCUCGUGGACGUAAAGAAAGUGAAACAGUCCUUGGCACAGUCUCAUCUUCCUGCCCAGCCAGACAUUUCACCCAACAUUUUUGAAGCUGUCAAGGGCUGCCAUCUCUUUGCUGCUGGCAAGAUUGAGAAUGGGCUCUGCAUCUGUGCAGCCAUGCCUAACAAAGUCGUUAUUCUUCGCUACAAUGAAAACCUCAGUAAAUACUGCAUUCGGAAAGAGAUAGAGACCUCAGAGCCCUGCAGCUGUAUCCACUUCACCAAUUACAGUAUCCUCAUUGGAACCAAUAAAUUCUACGAAAUCGACAUGAAGCAGUACACACUCGAGGAAUUCCUGGAUAAGAAUGACCAUUCCUUGGCACCUGCCGUAUUUGCAUCCUCUUCCAACAGUUUCCCUGUCUCCAUCGUGCAGGUGAACAGUGCAGGCCAGCGAGAGGAGUAUUUGCUGUGUUUCCAUGAAUUUGGGGUGUUUGUGGAUUCUUACGGAAGACGAAGCCGCACAGACGAUCUCAAGUGGAGUCGCUUACCUUUGGCCUUUGCCUACAGAGAACCUUAUCUGUUUGUGACCCACUUCAACUCACUCGAAGUAAUUGAGAUCCAGGCCCGCUCGUCACUUGGGACCCCUGCCCGAGCAUAUUUGGAAAUCCCGAAUCCACGCUACCUGGGCCCUGCAAUUUCCUCAGGAGCAAUUUACCUGGCAUCCUCGUACCAGGAUAAAUUAAGGGUCAUCUGCUGCAAAGGAAACCUUGUAAAGGAGUCAGGCACUGACCACCACCGGGUCCCUUCCACCUCCCGCAGCAGCCCCAACAAGCGAGGCCCACCUACGUACAACGAGCACAUCACCAAGCGUGUGGCCUCCAGCCCAGCACCACCUGAAGGGCCCAGCCACCCCCGAGAGCCAAGCACACCCCACCGCUACCGUGAGGGGAGGACAGAGUUGCGCAGGGACAAGUCUCCUGGCCGCCCUCUGGAGCGGGAGAAGUCCCCGGGCCGUGUGCUGAGCACGCGGAGGGAGCGGUCCCCUGGGAGGCUGUUUGAAGACAGCAGCAGGGGCCGGCUGCCUGCAGGAGCUGUGAGGACCCCACUGUCCCAGGUCAAUAAGGUCUGGGACCAGUCUUCAGUAUAAAAGUCAGCCAGGAAAACCAAGUUCUCAUUUCAACCUGCAGGAAAACACCAAACACCCUACGGAACUGUGCUGAAGGGGACCCCAGCGCCCAUCUGCUCAGCUGCACUGUGGCACAGCCAGGCCCAGAUCCGCCUUGGCAUGGACACCCCUGUCUCCAGGAGGUGCGGGUGGCUGAGGCUUUUAGGAGCUGUCAGCGCUUGGUGCCCGCUCUGGGCACCUUCCUGCAGUUAUCUCUUUGCACUUUGUUACUCUUUCAAAGCAUUCAUAGACUUUUGUACCUAGCUCUAGCCUGUACCAGUUCAUCAAAGGAAACCAACUGGGACGCUAACUACGUGUUUAGGAUCCUAAUUAGCAACUUUAAGAUCCUAGGAUUGGUUGGUCUUUUUGUUUCUUUUUUGUUUUUUUGUUUUUAAAGACAACAGAAUUCUUAAUAGAUUUGAAUAGCAAUGUAUUUCCUGUUGUAGUCAUUUUUAGCUAGAUCACAUCAUCAGGUCUUUGCUACUAAAGCAUAGUGCAGAAGCGCCCCAUCAGUUGGCUGCAUUCAUGUAGGUUCAUUCUUGUUCCUGUCCAUUUCUCAUAGAUGGCCCUGCUUUACCCAGGGUAAUGUCCUAGCCUAAUGUUUACUGUUCUCAUUGCCUUUUAUGGCCUUGACGCCUUCCCCUCCCACCAGCUGAGAAUGUAUUAAGGUCAUCAGGCCUCAGCUCAGAGGCAGUGACUUGGGGCCAAGGGACCUUGCAAAGCUUUCCUUCCUGACCCUCAGUGUCAUCUCCCCAGCCUGCUAUACCCACUUUCUAUGUCGCUUUGGCCAGGAAAGCAUGUAAUAGACUUGUUCUAGCCCAGCAUUAAUGGUCUCGGGGUCAGGGUGGGGGCUGCAGGUGCCCACCUCCUGUCUGUGAUGGUGCACUGUCCCUGUCUGGGAUGGGGGAGGUGCCCUCCAGGAAUUUUGCAUGGCGGUUCACUGCAUGUGCUCCCCACCUGGCUGACCCCCCUGGGUUACUCUGCUGAUAUGUUAAUCCCAUCCCAUAUCUCCCGCCAAAUCAAGACCCUCUGAUGACUUGCCAAUUAACUGGCCACAACAAGCUGCAGUCUGUAGCACUGAACAAAAACCAAAACGCUCAAGCCUUACGACCAGAGAAGGAUUUCAGCAAACCACCACCUGCCACUCAGUAUCCUCUCCAACCUUCAUAUUUCCCUGCCAACUCCCUUGUGGAUGACUCUUGUGUUCACACAAAAUCCAGCACGAUUCUACCCCAUAAAACUGUGACUUCCCAAAUGAGCCUUUCCCUAGGGCUAGACUUAAGACCAGGAAGUUUGGGAAAGAAACCGCAGCUCAACUUUUCCAACUCUGCCCGGGUUGGGAAGUCCUCCUUAGGUGCAGUGCGGCUCCCACCGUCUCUCUAUCCUCUUAUUAGAGUAUGAAAUUCCUGGCAACUGGUAUAGAACCAACCUAGAGGCUUUGCAGUUGGCAAGCUAACUAGCGGCCUUAUUUCUGCCUUUAAUCUCCCACAAGGCAUCUCUUGCUUUGGAUUCUCCAGGACUCUUAGGCACGCCUCAGUAACCAAGGCACAUCCUAGGUCAGCUGAAAGGUAGACCCAUUUCCAUUGCAGCUGGCAAACAUGACCAUGUUUUCUUCAACCACGUGUCCACAGUUCAGAUCCCUUUCAGACUGCAACCUGGCCCAAAUCCCAGCUCCUUCCUGCUCGUCUCUUAACCUAAGUGCUUUCUUGUUUGAGACGCCUACAGACUUCUGUGUUGUCCCACCUUGGCAAACGUCCUGCUGUUGUGUUUUGUGUGUUGCUUGGUGUCUUGGGGCCAUACGCCCAUCCCUCCUACCCCCAAGGCAGAUCUGACUGAAUGUUUGCUGAAGAUUUUGUCUCUUGGUCCACAGUAUUUGGAAAGGUCACUGACAAUUGGUCUUUCAGUCUUGGCAUUUCAUUUAGGAUCUCCAUGAGAACUGGGUUUCUGGAGCCCUGAAAGUAUAUAUUAUGUGUCUCAUUUGUGAAAUGCUUCCUGCUAAAUAGAACUAGCUCAAAAGACUGUACAUAUUUACAAGAAACUUUAUAUUCAUAAAAAAAAAGGAAAUUGAA